AUGAAUGUAGAAGCCAAUGGGAUUACGGAAAUCAUCUCCAUGUCAGCCUUACAUAUAAACAUUAACAAUAAUGCUAUCGGAUCUUCCAACUCAAGUGUUCUUUCAGGAAACAACAUUUUCGCCCGCAAUAAUAACUUGACAGACUUCAAACAGAUAAGGAUUUCACCUGAUUUGGUCGGUCUUUACCUGAAGACGAAUCAAAUUAGUUCCAUACCGAAUUUUACCUUCGUGUCGGCAUCUUCACUCUUCUUUCUCGAGUUGGAUGAUAACCACCUUAUUGAUAUUCAACCUUUAGCUUUUAUUGGCCUGAAAGAUGUCGUCAGAUUGAGCUUAAAUAGAAACCGUUUGGUGUACCUCCCCGCUGGUGUGUUUUCACACAUUGAGCAGCUGUCGUUUCUCAGGUUGAGUGGAAAUCCUCUGAAGUACAUUUCGAAUCAACAGUUUUCAGGAGUGCUAGCCCGAAUAGGGGGGUAUACUGGUAUAGAUUUGUCUAGCAUACCCCUUUUGAACACGUCCAUAGAGGUGUUAAGAGAUUUGAAAAAUAUUGAAUACCUGAGCCUUCAUCAAAGUUUUUCUUUUAAAAAAUACUUUAUAAGAAACACUUCUGUGCAGGCAGACACCACUGAUGAAUUCCCAAGACUUGUGAUAUUUAUUCUGUCUUCACUUAAUCUCGGAAAUCAAUGUAAAGAAUUGUUGAUGAAGAAUUUGGAGGUACUUGAUUUGUCUAACAAUUCCUUUACUUCAAUUCCCAGAUACUGUCUACCAAGAAACAGCAAGGCAUAUAAUCUUGAUCUGUCCGAUAAUGAAAUCAAAGUCAUUUCUAAUGAUUCAUUCGACAAGCAACAGCAGUUCUGGAUGUUGGACUUAAGUUACAACAAUAUUAUAUCAUUCGAAUUCGGUUCCUUGCAACAUCAGACAUACUUGACCGACUUAAAUCUGGAGGGCAACCAAAUCAUAACACUUGAUAGUGGGUAUCUUACGUUCUCUUUAAAAUCAGUAAGAAUUAACUUUGAAAGUAAUCCUUGGUUAUGUGAUUGUGACCUCAUCAAAACUUUUUUAACCCUACCUCCAAACGAGAAAUCCAUGAAAUGUUUUCAACCUGCAGCGUAUGCCGGCACUUCAGUGGCCGAACUAGCUGCCGCAGACAAUUUUAGUUGUCGCCCACAAUUGUGCUCUCCACCAUAUCAAACCCUGCUUUCGUUUGUUGGUGACAAAGUUGAGUUACCUUGCCCAGUCAGACAUUCAACAUCAAGCAACACUUACUGGUCAGUAACGCUUCAAGAACUCCAGUUCUCUGAUAGAGACACAUUCCCCAAUGGAGUUUCCAUUCUUCCUCAUAAUGCUCUUCUGAUCAGUAAUGCUGCCAAAAACAUGACUGGUUUUUACACUUGUUGGAGUGAAAAUGAAGCUGGGCAAACGAAAUUCACCCUCAAAUUAAUUGUCAAGGAAAAAUUAAGGGAAAAUAUUGAAGACAGAACUAACUAUUCGACAAUGUUAGUGCAAAACUGGACGGACAAUCUUCAAUGUGGCAAAGGACGUAUUAAGAUGUGCGGGAGCAGACAAGGAACGAUUCAUAUGAACGUCGGAGUCGGUGCUUCCAGGCUUCUCGCGGGGGACAAUCCCCAUCCCUGA